UUCUCCCUAGAAGCCGUAGAGGUGUUAACGAGGGAAAAAAAGAAAAGACCAAGAGGGUUCGGUGAUAGUCCCGGUAUAGUAGCCCGUAUAUAUGCUCCUUUUUGGUCAUAAUGGCCUUAUCGUCAUCUUUUGAUGUUCUAAUAUAGGCAUUGGUAUUUUUCCUUUUCUUUUUUUUUUUCUAUUAUAAUCGAGUGAGUUUUCAGAUGUAGCUUAGGUACGUUUCUUUUUUUUGCCUGAGAUGCCCGUCACAGUCAGGCCGUCAAAUCAUGGGUCAGCAUCCUGGGCAGGUCGUAGAUAUCGACUCGCGUCGUCGCCGGAGAUAUUGCUGCAUUACACGCUGACCGACGACACGCGCACCAGCCCGCCGCGGGCCAGACAGUUGGUGCAGAGCUCGUUCGCGGCGCUCGAGAGGAAGGAUAACGUCUUCGCUACCAAGAAUGGAUUUGUUCACGCGUGCGUGGAUGCCUAUAAUGAACAUCAUUGCCUGGUGAUAAGGCCGGAGGAUGUCUGGUUCGCCAUCUUGACGCAGUUUUGCGCUUACGUUAAUGGGCACGCGGAGGAGCUGCGCAAGCGGUUCUGUGUCCACGAGGGCCAGCAGGAGUUGCAUAUCGACGUCACCCUGGACGACGUCGAUCAUGGUAAAUUGGCGUACAUAAUGACGAAAAUUCUGGGUGAAAGACUGCGGGACGAGAGCCUGCAGCAAUGGAUCCUACCGGCUUUUACGACUACGACCAAGGUGGACCAAGCCGUCGCCAGUAUCAUCUUUAUGGGCACGAUGCAGAAGUAUUUCACUUAUAGCUGGGGGACGCGAUGCGGGAUACCGUCCGUAACUUUACUCGGCGAGGAGAGCGAUUGGGUCAAGAUCCAGGAACGAGUUGAGCGCAUGGAGACCCUUGGCUCCGAGCCGUCCCGGUGGCUUCGACUGCUCCGGCCUAUCCUGGACGGGUUUGUGACCAGCUUUAGAGAGCCAGAGGGUGAGGCCACGAGGAGGUUCUGGCAAGGCAUCUGUAACGAGCACGUACCUAACGGCAGCGGCACUACGACCUACUCUGGAUGGAUCACAUCAUUCUGCUUCUGGGACGAGGCCGGCCGAUGCUUGCACGGGCCUAAGCUGGGCCAGGAGGUCAGGCUGACGAGGAGUCAGAUGCCGAGCGGGUUCAGCAAAGUCCCAGUGACGCUCUUGAACGACGGCAUCGAGAUCCCGACCGAGAUGGUGGCGGGCUCGAUGGCGAUUCGAGCGUUCCGAUCCAAGGAUACGGUCAGCCCAUGCGGCAGACCGCAGAUGCGUAGAAGCGCUGGGAAUGAUACGAUACAACCCGAAAUCGGAUGGAUUAUGUAUAAGACAUGACAUGACUGCGCUGGGGGGGAUAUGGUACUAUCUACUACUAAAACUAAUGGUAAGUCUAGGCCUUCCUAUAUACCUGAGCGGAGGACAUAUCCAUUCUUUUCUCCACAGGAACUACGACUGAGAAGGGCGUAACUAACCCGUCCUCAUAGUGUAAUAUCAACACCAAUUCCCGAGUUUGGGAGCUGCGGCCCCUGCUGCCGCGAGCCUUCGCUACCUAGUACUUAACCAACAGCCUCGGAUCGAUGCAAAUAUCCAAUCACAUCAACCCCACCCCCCGGGAAAGGGGGAGGAGGGGUUACGAUUGAUUGAUUCAUA